AUGGAGAUUGGAGCCUUCGAUGUUCUUCCUAAUGAUCUAGUGGUGGAGAUUCUUGCUUCAGUCGCCGCCAACUCCAUGGAUGAUAUUUUCAAUGCAAAACUAAGUUGCAAGAUGUUUAAUGAAUUGGCUGAAGAUGAUUAUAUAUAUCGACGAAUAUCACUCAACAAAAUUUCAAGGAUAUUAUGGAGGCACCCCAAAGAAGGCAAUGCCUUUAUUCAGAGGUGUAUCAAAUGCGAUAAUGUGGAGGCUUUGUAUAGACAAGGAUUGUAUGAAUAUGUAUGUCUCACAAAGGUGGAGUCAGGAAUGGAGUUACUGUCGAGAGCCACGCAAAUCGGGCACCUUGGAGCUUCCUAUGUUGUCGGGCUCCUCCUCGUCGCCGAGGGCGGCGAGUUGAAGAAGGAAGGAGUCCGCUUGCUGAGAAAAGUCUACUCGAGCGGGCAAGUGGUGGAAUGCCGCAAGAUGUAUGUAGACACCGUGCACAACAUGUGGCAGAAUAACCCGAUUAUCUUCAAAGAAGAGCUUCCUGGCUGUGACUGCCAGAUGAAGACUGAACAUUGCAAGAGGAGAGGAUGGGUGCGCGACAUCGACUAUUAUGACGACACUGAAUGCGAACAAUGCAUUUGCCAAGCGGAGAAAGAGAUUCUCUACAAGUAUUGCAGACACCCGUGA